AUGUUUUUUUUCAGAACGGAGAAUGUGUACGAAAAGGAAAUUAAGGAAAUGAACGAGAUGAACGGGCUGGACAGCUCGAACGCCAUUGCCCAGAUGGAGGAUGAUGGAGAGAACGAACCGGAAAGGGAGAGCGAAGAAGUGAAGGAGCCCUCCUCCAGUGACCAUAAGGAAAAAAAACUCCCGAAGAAAAACAAUUUUAUGCAAAUUUUUAAGAAGAAGAAAAAAUCACAAGAAAUGGAAGACACGGUUUCGAAAAUUUACGACUCGAAUUGUGUGCUUACCAAUCCUGAAAAUGUAGACGAAGAUAAAUAUUACCUCUCCUUCAGUGAGCUAAACAGAUGCGAUGAUACGUCCGAUAAAAUCGUGGAGGAACGCAGCCCAAGGAAUGACAAGCAUGUGGAAAAAUCACACACGGGCGAAUCAAAGAAAAAGAAUAAAAAAGCAGACAAGAAAAUGUCAAGAGAGAGUAAAAAAAAAAUGAAAGUAAAAAAAAAAAAAAAAAAAAUCUCUUCCAUUGAGGAGAUUAAAAAUGACAAGGAGAACAAACUUGAAGGAAAGCAGAAAAGUGGAGAAAAAUCGAAUAAGGAGAAGGACGAUGACAAAAAUUACAAUUUUGAACCACAUGAAGAUUUAAAAAGAGAAAUCGAAAAAAUAAAAAUAGAUAUAGACAAAAUUAAGAAAAAGGGAAAUGUAAAAAGAAUAUAUGAUGAUUUGAAAUAUAUACUCCUUUUCCAGAAUGAAAUAAUUGACAUACUUAUAGAAGACAUCCGGAAGAAUAAAUUAAGAACAAAGUACGAUAUGCUAGAAGACAGCACCGUGAAGGAUGAUAUAAAUAAAAUAAUUUUAAAUCACAUAACAUUAGAUCUUUUAAAAUUUAAAUAUAUCAACACAAAAUUGAAGGAGCUAAUUCUAUGCGUAUAUGACACGAAGAAAUUUAAUUCCUUGAUAAGAAAAAUUGUAUACAACAAAUUAGAUGAAAUGAAAAAAGUUGUGGAUACAAAUGGCGAGCUCACAUUUGCAAAAACUAUGUUGAGCUUUCUAUACAAGCAGCUUAAGUACUGCCUAGAGGAAGAGGUACAGUCCUACUAUGACGAAGUAAAAAAUGUGAACGAUGAUAUCCACAACUUGAAAAAAAAUAUUGUUCAUAUAAUUUUUGAUGCUAUAAAUGACGUGUGCACAUUGCCACAUCCAAGUGAGAUAUAUCCCACGAAUGAAAAAAAUGCCAAAUAUGAAACGGAGCUGAGGAAGAAGGGGAUCAUGUGUCCAGAAUAUCAGAAGGAUUUGAAUAGCUUUUUCUCCUUAUACGAUUGUGUGCAUGUCGAGGGGGGAAGCACCCAUGAGAAGGGAGUAAACCAAAACAAGUUUAAAAAUUUCUGCGUUUUAAGCAGCGCAAGGAAGGAUAACCAUAUGGCUCCACCCCAAAUGAUGAAUAAGAAUGUAACAUUUGGUGAUCAUACUGGUGGGGGUGUGGACAAGACCUACUUGAUAAAUUCAGAACAGCAGCUAAAUUAUCCACCGUCUACCACCAUUUUGAAUCAUUCCUAUGUGGUUGGAGAUGUGCCCGGGAGGAACUACUCCAAUUUUAGAACCCACAAAGUCGUUUCACACACCGCUCCCCUAGAUGUGUGUUAUUCAACGAAGACAACUCAACAGCCGUAUUCUUAUGUGCCCAAUUUGAAGGCAACAAAGGGGGGGAUUUACUCGGACGACGUGAACAAUUAUAAUGGUGAGGCCACUUCUGCAGGGGUUAGAAAUGAAUAUCACGCAAAUGGGCAUCGUUAUAAUAUUUAUGUAAAGCGUGAUGGUCGCAUGAUGCAAAACAGCAGUAAUAAUCUAAUGAGGGACGUUGCUCAGGAAUGCCCCCUAUUCUGUAAUGGACUAGAUACAGUGAGAAGCUUCGGUAACUUUACGGAGCAAGCGAAUGAUAACCCGGUAGUGGGGAACAACUCCUAUGCGCAGUAUCGAAUUGGGCGUAAUGAUUUUCGUAGGGGAGAUGUAUUCCUUGUGGAGAAGAUGGACUGCAACUCUCAUAUUACGCAACCCGUGGGGUGGAACAGUCAAGCUGGUGGGUUCACAGCACCUUAUCGUAUGGACGUGCAAAAUGGUGAGCUGAUUGAAAGGGGGCAUAUUGACCCUGUGCGGAGUGUUUACCUGGACAGUGGGCAUGACAUGAAAAACCCUAUAUCUACCCCUUCCAACGGAGUAACUGCCUCUACCGCCAUUCAUUUUACAGACCGCAAUGGUGUGGCAGAUCGGGGGGGAAACAGAAUGGAGUACAGCGGAUUCGAAAUAGUAUCCAGCAAGGAAAACCUACAGAAGCUGGAGGCCUUUUUAAACGACAAGUGGGGAAGUUUUAAGUUGUUUGAAAAGUGGAUCAAAGACUGUUCCAAAUGGCAGUGGAUAGAUUUGAAGCUUCAGAGGGAAUACAUAAGUAGCAAUGUGGACUUAGAGAAGCUGAAGGAGGAGAAAAAAAAAUACAUGGAAAAAUGUAUAAACAAGAAAAUAAAAGAAUUGUGGUGUGGACGCAUGAAAGGCCUAAUGAAUUUAAAGCUAUGCGACAUGGAAAAAAAACUUGCAAAAAAUUGUACAUCAAAUAAUAUCAUUAGUAAAAGUAUUUAUGAUGUGAUAUUGGAUUACGAGAGGAGCUCUAUGUGUUACCAAGAUUUGUAUUCAAGGAUAUUAAGUGCACAAGGGGAAAACAAAAAAAUUAGUUCAUUAUUCAAAAAGUACAAUGUAUAUGGAGAAAAGAUUAGUGAUGAUGAAGAGGCCAACUUGACACAAGGGGAGGAGAAAAAAAACUCCAUUACGAACACGGAGGGUACUAAACAUGCAAAUAAAAAAAAGGGGUAUAUGCAGUCCUUGAUUUACAGCUUUAAUAAGAAAACGAACAAACAGAAUAAUGCUAAAGACGGCACUAAUCUGAAGACGGAGAAUGAGGAGUCUACUCAGAAGAAGAGGGGCUCCACGUCGGUGAAGGAACCGACUAAUUUGAAGGAGCAAAUGAUUGUGGAAUAUGGAGACAACGCAAACAAGGGGGACGCCUGUGUGAAGAUGGACACGCAUACCAAUGUGAACAACGACAAAGAUAGCGUCAAGGAAGAGGUCCCUAAUACCCACCCCGAUAGGGUAAACAACUCCUACAUUUAUAACGAUUCGUACUUGCAUACUGAUUCACCAGUUAGGACCGGCUCCCACGUAGUAUGCGAAUCGCGUAGUGGAAAAAGCCCCUCUGAGAAAAAGAGCGAGUCCCACCGUAGCAGCAGUUCCAGCUCCUCCGGUGUACGCAUAGGACGGUCAAGCAUAAACAAAAAAGAAAACAACGGCUCCUUCUUCGACAGCUUCUUUUUCUUCAAAAGUGAUAUAAAGAAAAAGAGCUCCGGAAGCAAGUCGGGUAGCUCCGAAUCAGCGGCCAAAUCCAAAUCCAAGUCGAACAGCUCACAGAAUGAAGAUGAAUACCCCAUGGAGUUUUCCAAAAUUGUGGAUUCAAGUAACGAUAACAAAAAGAAAAAGAAAAAAAAAAACAAAAAGAGUAACAUGAGUACUUUUAAAAAGAUUUUUUAUCUGAACAGGAAAAAAAAAAGCAAGGAGGAGUCCUCCGACAGUGAUGAAUCUUCGUCGGACUCGUCCGCAAAGGGGGACAAAAAGGAGAAACGCGCAAAGGGUAAGGAAGACACCACCACAGGGGAGGGCAAAAAGAAUACGAACAAGUCAACACAGGAAAAGGGAAACCUAGAUCAAAGUGACAUUGCUUCGGAUCGACAGUCCUCCUCUGAUGAGGAAGAAUACAAAUUUGACGGAGCAUUCGAAUACAGAAUUUUAGAAAAGGAAGUGGGGGACCAUCUACACUUGGAAGAAGGUGAGGAAAACAUCUUGUCAAUUGAUGAACUAGACAUGGAACACAGUUGCGAACUGCUGGCCAAGUCGGAUAUUAGCUGUGAUAUGGGCAAGAGGAAAAGACUGAAGAUGGUGAAGGAUGGAGGGAAGGAAGAAUCCAAGCAGGAAAAGCAAAAAGAUAACCAAGCACGGAAGCAACAAAGGAAAGGAGCAGGUGCGCACGAAGGAAAAAACGAACCCACUAAAAAUGGCAAAGCUAAGGGAGCAGAACACGCAUUGGUGAGCCAGAUUAACGAUCACAUGGAAAAAGGCACACCUGGCAUGUCAAACACUAAAGCAAGUGAGUUAAAUAGGGUGUACUCAUUUGUGGAAGACUACGCGAUGAGUGUAGGAAAAAAUUCGAAGCAAACGUCCAAUGUGGUAAAUAAGAAGGCAAGUUCGUUUGUGGACGAUGGGUCAGUUGCACUGGGGGAUCACAAAAGGGAGAGUAGCAGUUACGGUGCAGGUAGUGUAAACGCGCAGGAUGUAGCACACGAGAUCGGAGUGGGUGACCAAACGGAGGGAGGAGAAAAGAUACGGAAAAAUCACGAACACGAGGGGGAACCCAGAAAUGGACACAAAAAAAAAAACUCCAUUACCCAAUCAGACAUUUCGUACUACUCACAUGAUGAGGAAGAAGAGGAGGUAGAGGAAGGGGACAAGGAAUACGACAAGUUCUCGAGCCUAGGUUCCAUGAAAAAAGGAAAUAAAAAAAAUAAAUUUAAUAAAUUCUUUAAGAACUUGGGAAAGUUUAGCUUUAAGCCAUCGAAAAAGAAGUCCAAAGAAAUAUCCACGCAUAUGGGCGAAAUGAUUCUGAAGAGUGCACCUAGUGUCGCUUCCAACGAAAAUAAUGAUGAGCAUAUUGAUGAAGAAAUAUUAGGCAAGGAUGACGAAGAGGUGGGGUCCAAAGGGGUGAGUGCAUAUGGGAAAAUGUUUAUGUCGAAGAGCUUCAUGCUAAGUAGUGACCUCAAUAAUAAAAUAGGGGAGGGCCUCGCCAAACGCAAAAUGAGUAAUCAGGUGGAUAAGUUAUAUUCCUAUAUAAACAAACUGAAGGAGAAGAAAAAGAGCUCCACCGAAAUGGAGGUAAACAAGAAUGAUGAGACUACGAACGGUGCAGCGAAGCAGGAGCAACAGCAGCAGAUGCAGAAGCAAACGCAGAAGCAGACGCAGAAGCAAACGCAGAAGCAGACGCAGAAGCAGAAGGACGGAGAGAUAAAGUCAAGUGGGAAGACAAUUCUCCCCAUGCGUAUUAUCAGUCGCAUCGAAACUGCAAACAGUAUAAGUGCAUCCAAUGAAAACAUCACGAAGGAGGUAAAAAAAAACGAGUCACAAGUAAACCCUUUGACGAAUACACCGUAUAGCAGUGGUAACAGUAAAAAGGGGGAUAAUUAUCUGGGCGAAAGUCUUCCGGAUAAGAGCAGCCCUAGGGACGAGAAGAAUUCGCCGCGCUUUGGUUACAGCAUGUCUAAUCAGGAGAUCUCAGGAGGAAGCGGAAAUUCGGGCGAUAGCGCCUCAUCUGAGAAUAUCACAUAUGAGGAGCGGUUUUCAGGGAAAGGGAGUAAAGAAGCAACAGGGGAAAAGAAAAACCCAAGUGGAAAAAUUGACGGGGGGAGAAAGGUUGCGGGUGUAAAGAACAAAGAAAGGAAAAAAGACAAGGGGGCGAAGCUGGAUUCGAGGAAUGCGCGGCGUGGAGUGAAAUCGCCUAGCUUGUCGUUUUCCUCAGACAACCUAAGCAAUUACGUGAAGAGUGUGUACCACUUUCAUGAGAACGAAGAAAUCGAUGGAGAGGUGAUGAGCUCCGUAAGUGGCAUGGACAGGAAGUUGGGCGACAGCAUGUACAGUAGCUUAUACCUUGAUGAACGGGACCACAAAUUAAAGAAAAACAGUUCGAGGAAAUUUUUAAACAAAAAGAAAAGCUCAGGAAGUUCAAGAAAUGCAAGGUGUUCUAAAAAAGGGAGUCGAAAGAGGGACGCAAGUUCCUCAAACUCGUUGGACAUUGUUAGGUUAUCAAGUUUUAAGUCAAAGUCAGAUGUGAAGCUCUCGUGUAGUAACAGCAAGGGCGCUUAUUCCUCGUUGUCCGAUGCGAAGGACUCUCACAUUUCGCGGGGGUACAUGUCCGACACCAGGAAGGAGAAUAAUUCGUACUACAAAUAUGUCCAAUCGAUGUUACCCUUUGGUAUGAUGGCUCAUCGGGAAAAUGCUAGUGAGGAUGGUAAUUCAGAAGCUGGAAGAAAGCAACGUCCAUCGAAGAGGAAUGGCUAA